UUUAUUAAAUGACACAUGAUUUUGCUUUCAAAUUCUGUCCCAAUUUUAAUUUGUUGUUCUUUAUUUAGGAAUAAUACUCGCAACAACUGCUCUCUAUUUCUUCCACUGAACUACUCACACUCACAGAUCUGAUUCCAAAAUUGCAAUUACAAUACAAGCAUCUCGAACCUUGUAAUUUCUCAAGAUUUAACAUGAAUCCUUGAGCAAAUUAGUAUUAUUAAUGCUGUGUUCAUAGAACAAAUUUCAAUGGCGUCAUCGUCUGAUAGUGAUAGGUCCAGUGACUUAUAUAAAGGUAUGUCAGCAGACAAUAUAAAGGGUUUGAUUUUGGCUUUAUCGUCAAGUUUGUUCAUUGGUGCUAGCUUCAUUGUUAAAAAGAAAGGUUUGAAGAAGGCUGGUGCUUCUGGUAUUAGAGCAGGAGUUGGAGGAUAUUCUUACUUAUAUGAGCCAUUGUGGUGGAUAGGCAUGAUUACAAUGAUUGUUGGUGAAAUUGCCAACUUUGCAGCAUACGCAUUUUCACCAGCCAUUUUGGUGACUCCUCUUGGGGCAUUAAGCAUCAUCAUUAGUGCUGUUCUUGCACAUGUUAUCUUAAAGGAGAAGCUACAUAUUUUUGGAAUGCUUGGUUGUGUUUUAUGUGUUGUUGGUUCAACUACAAUAGUUCUACAUGCUCCUCCAGAGCGUGAGAUUGAGUCUGUUAUAGAAGUAUGGAACCUAGCUACAGAACCUGGCUUUCUCUUCUAUGCUGCUCUAAUCAUGACUGCGGUGUUUGUGCUCAUAUUCCAUUUCAUUCCAGAGUAUGGACAUACACAUAUUAUGGUUUAUAUUGGUGUUUGUUCGUUGGUGGGAUCUUUAUCGGUUAUGAGUGUGAAGGCACUAGGAAUUGCUUUGAAGUUGACGCUCUCUGGAAUGAAUCAAUUAAUAUAUCCUCAAACAUGGGCCUUCAGUAUGAUUGUCACUGCCUGUGUGGUUACCCAAAUGAAUUACUUGAACAAGGCUCUUGAUACAUUCAACACUGUUGUUGUAUCUCCUAUAUACUAUGUGAUGUUCACUUCAUUUACGAUAUUGGCUAGUGUGAUUAUGUUCAAGGACUGGGACAGGCAGAAUCCAACACAAAUAGUGACUGAAAUGUGUGGUUUUGUGACGAUCCUUUCAGGGACGUUUCUUCUUCACAAAACAAAGGACUUGUCUGAUGGUUUAUCUAGUUCUUUGCCUAUCAAAGUAAGCAAGCAUGUUGAGGGAAAUGGAUGUGAGGAGUCUGAGGGUAUACCCCUGAGACGGCAAGAUUCCAUGAGACAGCCAUGAUACUUGUGAGGCUUCAACAUUUCUAGAAAUUGGUACACUUUUUCGGGAAGGAGGCUGGAUACACACCAUCUUAUGACUCAAGUGCAUCUACUUCCCUAGAAUUUCACGAAAGCGAAGUGGAAAGGUUUUUCUUCCUUGUGUGCUUUGUCUUACAUCACGUCGCUCAUCUAGUUCAAUUGCCUGGAAUCAAUUCCCUCCAAAAGUGUAGAUUUUGUGGUCUUAUAUCGGCAAGUGUACUUACAAAAGCGUAAUUCAGCAGAAUUAGCAGCCGAAGGGACAACGAUGAAUGAUGACAAGUGAGAUUGCACCGUUGAAUAGCCUGGUCACUGAUGGUAGAUUGGUAGUGACUAGUGUGUUCCAUUGAAUUUAUCACAAGCUUAGUGUCUGUAUUGCCUGUGUACAUUGUCACAUUAUUAUAAAAGAUGUGAUUAUUCUUUUCGUUUCAAAUUGUCGAGUUUACAAGUAUGUAACGGUAGUAUUUCCGCUAGGGGUGCUCAUAAUCGGGUACCCCAAAUUUCUGCUAUGUGUUCGGAUGUCUCAAUUAAAAAAUGGUCAUUUCUCUACAAA